AUGCUACCUGCUCGCGUCCUUGUGCGGGGAGGUGCCCGAGCUGCACGCCUCAGCAUUCCAUCCGCUCGUUUGGUCAACUUCACGGCUAUUCCUUGCUGUGCAUCCCAACGACGCCAUUACGCUCCGGGCUCUGCGCCUUACCUGUCAACGCGUUCUACCGUUGUCCAAUUGCUAAGUAACAUUGGCUCGAAGCGAGAAGUCCAGCAGUACUUGUCUCAUUUUACUUCCGUUUCUUCCCAGCAAUUCGCCGUGAUUAAAGUCGGCGGUGCGAUUAUAACCGAGCAUCUACAAACUUUAUCCUCCGCCCUUGCAUUCCUUAACCAUGUCGGCCUUUAUCCUAUCGUUGUGCACGGAGCGGGCCCACAAUUGAACAAGUUGCUUGAGGCUGCAGGCGUAGAACCGCAGUUUGAGGAUGGAAUCCGAGUGACGGACGGCAAGACCCUGGCUCUGGCCAGGUCCCUUUUCCUGGAAGAGAACUUGAAAUUGGUUGAGGAAUUGGAACGCUUGGGCGUUCGAGCGAGGCCUCUUACGACUGGUGUCUUCUCGGCGGAUUAUCUUGAUAAGGAAAAAUACGACCUAGUUGGGAAAAUCAAUGGCGUUAACAAGAAGCCAAUUGAGGCAGCCAUCAAGUCUGGUUGCCUCCCGAUUUUGACCUCUAUGGCGGAAACCCCGGAAGGUCAGGUUCUCAAUGUUAAUGCUGAUGUUGCUGCUGGGGAGCUGGCUCGCGCCUUGCAACCAUUAAAGAUCGUGUACCUCGCUGAGAAGGGAGGGCUUUUUAAUGGAGAUACUGGCGAAAAGAUUUCUGCUAUCAACUUAGACGAGGAAUAUGAUGAUUUGAUGAAAUUGUGGUGGGUUCGCCAUGGUACAAGAUUGAAGAUCAAGGAAAUGAAGGAAUUAUUGAACGACCUCCCACGAACUUCGAGUGUUGCCAUCAUUCAUCCUGCAGACCUUCAGAAAGAGCUGUUUACAGAUACAGGCGCAGGAACUUUGAUCAGAAGGGGCAACAAGCUUCACGUGAAAACAUCUAUUAAGGAUUUUGAAGACCUUGACGCUCUCCAAAAGACUCUUGUGCGGGAUCAAGAGGGCUUGGAUGCCGAAGCCAUGGUUGACAGGUAUAUACAGGCCUUGAAAGGACGCGAAUUUAAGGCAUAUUUCGAUGAACCUAUGGAUGCACUUGCUAUAGUUCUUCCUCCGAAAGAAGGCUCCAGUCUCGCCCACCUGGCAACACUCACUAUUACGAAAUCUGGCUGGCUUACUAACGUUGCUGAUAAUGUAUUUGCAAGCAUUCAGAAGGACUUCCCGAAAUUGGUUUGGACAGUCAAGGAAGACGACGAGAAUUUGACUUGGUUCUUUGAUAAAGCCCAGGGUAGCCUUAACCGAAAUGGCGAAGUAUUGUUCUGGUCAGGAGUUAACAGCCCAGAGGAAGUAGGACAAUUGGUUCAUGAAUUUAGCCAGCGUGGUGGUGAUAUGUUCGGCAACAUUCACCUGGAUGCCAAAUUUACUGCCCCUAACAAAAUUGGCUCAAGCCCAGUUUCUUCUCAACAGAGACGGGCAUUCUCGACCACAGUUCGUCCAAAUGCAUUCCUUGGUAUGAAAUCUCACUCUGUUCGGCAAUACACCACGACCAACCCUAACCCUCCUCUUGGGAAAAAGAAUGCAUCAAAUACACAUCCUUCUCGGGUAGCUCUGAUUGGCGCUCGUGGCUAUACGGGCCAGGCUCUUAUCAACCUCAUAAACGCUCACCCUUAUUUGGAUCUUCGACAUGUAUCUUCUCGUGAACUGGCUGGCAAACCACUUCAAGGCUACGAUAAGCGAUCCAUCGUUUACGAAGAACUUAGCCCUGAGGAUGUUCGUCGCAUGGCGGAACAAGGCUCUGUUGAUUGUUGGGUCAUGGCACUACCAAACCUUGUUUGCAAACCCUACGUUGAUGCAAUUAAUGAGGUUGACAAGGAGAAAGCUGUUAUUGUGGACCUAAGUGCAGAUUACCGAUUUGAUAGUAGCUGGACCUAUGGGCUACCUGAACUUGUUAAUCGGGGCAGCAUUGCUCAAGCGAAGAGGAUAUCAAACCCUGGGUGUUAUGCUACUGCUGCACAGCUGGGCAUCGCUCCAUUGGUUCCAUUCCUCGCCGGCCAGCCCACAGUUUUCGGUGUCUCGGGCUAUUCUGGAGCGGGAACCAAGCCAAGCCCAAAGAACGAUGUUGCAAACCUUACCAACAAUCUUAUCCCAUACAGCUUGACGGACCACAUCCACGAGAAGGAGGUUAGCAACCAGCUUGGUAUAGAUGUUGCUUUUAUCCCUCAUGUCGCUGUAUGGUUCCAGGGUAUUCAUCAAUCUAUUAGCAUGCAAUUGAAAGAACCCAUGACAUCGCGGGAUAUCCGCAACCUCUACCAGGACCGCUAUGCCGGUGAAAAGCUGGUGAAGGUGGUUGGAGAAGCACCAGUGGUCAAAGAAAUCGCUGGCCGCCAUCAUGUCGAGAUUGGCGGGUUUGCUGUUCACUCCAGUGGGAAGAGGGUGGUUGUUUGUGCAACAAUCGACAAUUUGUUAAAGGGAGCUGCUACUCAAUGUCUUCAAAACAUGAACCUUGCGCUCGGAUACUCAGAGUUUGAAGGCAUACCAGACGAGCACUAA